CAGUAUCUAUUGUUGGUUGUAUUUUUUCCAUUUGGAGCACUAUGCUACAGCAAAAUAUUCUCUUGUAUAAAACAGUACUAGUAUGAGGAAGACAAAUGCAAUUAAGAGUUAUAUUAUCUUCUGAAGCGUGAGGGCGAUGGAGGAAAGAAAGCCACUCAAACUCUACUUCAUUCAUUUCCUAGCAGCGGGUCACAUGAUCCCUCUCUGCGACAUGGCCACACUCUUCUCCACUCGCGGCCACCACGUCACCAUCAUCACCACCCCCUCCAACGCCCAAAUCCUCCGCAAAUCCCUCCCCUCCCACCCUCUCCUCCGCCUCCACACCGUUCAGUUCCCCUCCCAUGAGGUGGGUCUUCCCGACGGCAUCGAAAACAUCUCCGCCGUCUCCGACUUGGACAGCCUCGGCAAGGUGUUCAGUGCCACCGCCAUGCUCCAACCCCCCAUCGAGGACUUCGUGGAGCAGCAGCCACCCGAUUGCAUCGUCGCCGACUUUCUCUUCCCCUGGGUGGAUGACUUGGCCAAAAAGCUUCGCAUCCCCAGACUUGCCUUCAACGGCUUCUCCCUCUUCACCAUCUGCGCCAUACACUCCUCCUCCGAGUCUUCCGAUUCUCCCAUCAUUCAGAGUCUCCCUCACCCCAUCACCCUCAACGCAACACCGCCAAAGGAAUUGACCAAAUUCCUUGAAACCGUGCUGGAGACAGAGCUCAAAAGCUAUGGCCUCAUCGUCAACAGCUUUACGGAACUCGAUGGAGAAGAGUACACCCGCUACUACGAGAAAACCACGGGCCACAAGGCUUGGCAUCUUGGCCCUGCCUCUCUAAUAGGCAGAACCGCUCAAGAGAAAGCAGAGAGGGGACAGAAGAGCGUGGUGAGUAUGCACGAGUGUGUGGCUUGGCUUGACUCAAAGAGAGAAAACUCGGUCGUCUACAUAUGCUUCGGAAGCCUUUGCUAUUUCCAGGAUAAACAACUAUACGAGAUAGCAUGCGGGAUCCAAGCAUCGGGACAUGAUUUCAUAUGGGUGGUUCCGGAGAAGAAAGGGAAAGAGCAUGAGAAGGAGGAAGAGAAGGAGAAGUGGCUGCCCAAGGGUUUUGAAGAGACAAAUGAAGACAAGGGGAUGAUUAUAAGGGGAUGGGCCCCACAGAUGAUUAUACUUGGGCACCCGGCCAUUGGUGCCUUCCUCACGCACUGCGGCUGGAACUCGACGGUGGAGGCGGUGAGUGCGGGGAUUCCGAUGCUGACUUGGCCUGUGCAUGGAGAACAGUUUUACAACGAAAAGCUGAUAACAGAGGUUAGGGGGAUUGGGGUGGAGGUUGGAGCUGUGGAGUGGACCCCCAUUGGGAUUGGUGAUAGACUCAACUUGGUCACCAGAGAUCAUAUUCAGAAGGGUGUCAGACGCUUGAUGGACGCUUCUGAUGAAGCUCUAGAAAUUAGACGGCGAGCAAAAGACUUUGCCCAAAAGGCCAGACAAGCUGUUCUAGAAGGAGGUUCAUCUCACAACAAUUUAACGGCCCUGAUUCAUCAUCUUAUACUUCUCAGGCACGCCAGGCUUCUCGCUUAAUCAAAUACUCAUUAAUAUAUGUAUUUUUCGCAUUUAGUUGCUUCUUCAAUGGUCAUAAAUGCAUCCACAUUGAUAAGGAAAACCUAAAAAAAUAAACUGGUAUAUGAUUACUGAUUGAUUGUAACACGUAUUUUUCAUUAAUCAGAAAAGAAACAUACGUAUUUUUCUUUGUUACCAAAGUCUCUUACGUCAAUGACACAA